AUCUGUUUCUGCGAAGCUAUGGCGAACGCGUGCAAGAACAGAGCGUUUUUCGUUACCGGAUCGGGUUAUUUCGUACUGGGACCCUACUUUGCAGCGCAAAAUGAUGUUGUUGGUGUGUUGUAUGGCUCACAAUUUCCUGUGGUGUUACGACCGAUUGGUAAGAACUUCCUCUUUUUGGGCACGUGCUACGUUCACGGUAUCAUGCAUGGUGAAGCUUCAGAUAGCCGUGACAAAGAUGAGAUUGUGUUUUCCCUGUGUUGA